UUGACAAACAGUUGUUGCCUAGUCAGCAACAUAGAGCCAGUCUGGGCUUGGUCUCUCGCUUUUCGAGGAUGAACGUCGGACCCCGGGGUGCUUUGCAGAAUUUAAGUGGAACUUCAGAGGGACCAGGACCGCAGUAAAGGUUUUUGGGCCCAGAGUUCUGCUUUCGAAAACGAUUGCAACGUAGGCCUUCUUUGUUCCUUCUUCCCUCCCUCCUAGGAUCGUAAUGAGAGCCAAGGGAGCAAACGAAACCACCUAACCACGCCUGGAGUUCUCGUGACUCCUCCUCUCUCCCUAGACCCAGCUGCAGGGCCCGGCCUUGAGCCGAAAGUCUAGCAAAGUAACCCCUUGGGAAGCCAGCUCCCAGGUGGCUGGUAGCAUCACUCCUCCACUUCGAGCUCGGACGACCUGAGGAACCUGCCUCCUUCUUUGGCUCCCCUGAGGGCACAGCUGGCCAGCUCACUGGGACCUGGCAGGGCUGGUCCAGAACGAGGCUAGGCUCACCGCGGAGAACUUCCUUCCCGCUGCAGAUCUCCCCUAGCCCAGCCGCAGAAGGCUGCCACGAUGGGAGGAGACAUGUGGUUAGUGCCAGUCGGGCAGAAAGUGCUCUACUGGGGCGUUACGGGCGCGAUCACCUUGCUGGGUACGGUCCUCACGCUGAUCCUGCUGCAGAUGCUGGUCGCUUAUGUCCGAAAAUGGCAGCAGAUGAAAACCAUCCCCGCGUUUCCCUACGCAUUACCGCUGGUGGGACACUCCCUGUUGAUGAAAUCUAAUAGCCGAGAUUUUUUUGAGCAGCUUAUUCGCUAUUCUGAAGAAUUCAGAAAGGAACCACUACUUAAAUUGUGGAUAGGACCAGUGCCGAUAGUGACAUUGUAUCAUGCUGAUAAUGUGGAGGUACUUUUAUCAAGUUCAAGGCAAAUAGAUAAAUCCUACUUUUACAAGUUCCUGGAACCCUGGCUUGGCCUAGGACUCCUUACAAGUACUGGAAACAAGUGGCGUUCCCGGAGAAAAAUGCUCACCCCAACCUUUCAUUUCACAAUUCUGGAAGAAUUCCUAGAUGUUAUGAAUGAACAGGCGAAUGUAUUAGUUAAUAAACUUGAAAAACAUGUUGACCAAGAAGCCUUUAACUGUUUUAUGGAUAUUACGCUUUGUGCCUUAGACAUAAUCUGUGAAACUGCUAUGGGUAAAAAUAUUGGUGCCCAGGUCAAUGGUGAUUCUGAGUAUGUCCGCUCAGUUUUUAGGAUGACUAAUAUAAUAAUUCGUAGAAUGAAGAUGCCUUGGCUUUGGCUUGACCUGUGGUUUCUUAUGUUUAAAGAAGGAUGGGAACAUAGGAAGAGGCUAAAGAUCCUACAUGAUUUCACAGACAAAGUUAUUAGUGAACGAGUCAAAAAAAUGAAGGAAAAUGAGGAACAGAAGGAAGAUGACUUAAAACCAAAAACCAUCAAGCGGCGGGCUUUUCUAGACUUGCUUUUAAAUACAACUGAUGAAGAUGGGAAUGCAUUAAGUCAUCAGGACAUUCGAGAAGAAGUUGAUACUUUUAUGUUUGAAGGUCAUGAUACCACAGCAUCAGCUAUGAACUGGGUCAUCUACUUGCUGGGUUCCCAUCCAGAAGCCCAGCGCAAAGUAGACAAUGAGCUGGAUGAAGUCUUUGGGAACUCAGACCGCCCUGUUACAGUGGAUGACCUGAAAAAACUCAAGUAUCUGGACUGUGUCAUUAAAGAGAGCCUUCGUCUCUUUCCUUCUGUUCCUUUUUUUGCCCGUACUCUCAAUUCAGAUUGCUUUAUUGCUGGUUACAAGGUUCCAAAAGACACCGAAGCAAUUGUUUUUUCAUAUGCACUGCACCGAGAUCCAAAGCACUUUCCAGACCCUGAGGACUUCCAGCCUGAGCGAUUCUUCCCUGAGAAUUCUCAUGGACGUCAUCCUUAUGCUUAUGUGCCAUUUUCUGCUGGACCCAGAAACUGUAUUGGUCAGAAGUUUGCAGUGAUGGAAGAAAAGACUGUCAUUUCUUGGGUGCUGAGACGGUACUGGGUUGAAUCCAUUCAAAAAAGAGAAGAACUUGGCCUAAUGGGAGAGCUGAUUCUUCGGCCACAUGAUGGUAUCUGGAUUAAGCUGAAGAAGAGAAAGUAAAAAGGAACCUCAAAUCCAAUCAUCUGUAUUGGCAAUUCAUUAUCUAUCCUGGAAAAAAAUAUUAAGAGCACUUACAAAGUUCUUGGUGAUAAAUUAUGAGCUCUUUGGUAGAAUACACAUUUCAAAGUCAGGAUCUGUCUGUUUUCAAUGACUUCAGAAUUAAUUAUUAAAAAGAGAGUUGGGAUAAAUCACUUGUUACUACAAAAGUUGGUAGUAACCAUGUCCUUGGAAUAUUUCCUCAGGUGUCCAUUGAUGUCAGUCACAGAAGGAGCAGGUGACAAAUUUCCUUUAACCUAUAGGAUAUAGUUUUUGAUCAUCUGUUUAUAAAUCCAGAUAAGUAAGUUUUCUUUUUUAAGAGAAAUACUUACAUUUAAAUUUCUAUUCUUCACAAAAGCAUAGCUACUUAAGAAAGCCUAUUUUUAAAAAGUCAGUUAGACUUUCAUUAACAAGAACUAUCCUAAAGAAUAGCUACAAUUUGUUUGAUAUGAAAGAUCUAUUUGGUUUUGAUUUUUGGGAAAAGGAUACUAUUUUUUUCUCUUUUGAUCUAGGGGAUUUAAAAAUAAUUUUGUGAAUUAUAUCACUUAUAGUUAACAUCAUUUUAAAGCACUUUAUAUUUUCAAAGCAAUUAAUAUUUUGUCUUUAUCAGUUAUUCACAAUUUAUAUAGAGAAGCAAAUAAUGUUUACAUCCAAAAGGGCUCUUAGAGACUUCUAGCAACCUUCACAUCCCCCCACUCCCCAGGAGAAAGCCAUCAAUCUAAAAGGAAGUGAAAAGGUCUCAAUAGUCAAAAACAAAUGGCACAAAGCAGAUGCCUCAUAGAUUUUAUUUAGACUUAAUAAUAAUUUUAUUAUCAUAUAAUUCUAAAAAAUUAGUUUUCUAGUUUGCUUAAUCCACAGAAAAUCAUAAAGUUUGUGGCAGGGGAGAGGAUGAAUCAAAAUCCUAUUGAUAGGUUCAUGGAUAGCAGAGGAAAGUAAAACUAGGAAGCAGAGAGAAAUAUACAAGAUUGCUUAGCAAUUAGUAGGAAAAUACUUCAAACUUUGCUCCUUGCAAGGGUAGAAUUCUGUUAGUGAAUGUGCAUAGAUAAGGUGUAAGUGGAAUGGUUUUGUUUCUCAGUCUAACAUGGCCAUACUUGUCAAGAGAGAGAAAGAGACUAGGUUGCAUAAUAAUGAUCACGUAUGGGAUCUGAAAUUAAAUAAAAGGCAAAAUGCUUAAUUUUAUCCUUUAUUGGUCAGAUCUUUCUAAAAUCCUGUAACAAUUUUAUAAAAUAUGUCAUGGUGAUGAUAUACUUGAAGAGGUUCAAGACUUAAGGAAGUCAGAAUUGAAGGCAUUGCCAAAGGGCAAUACUGAGAUGAAGGCACUGACUUUUGGAAAUGAAGUUUUUGUUUGUUCAAUUUCCAAUCCAUUUUCUUCUCUUUUUCCUCCCUCCCUUAUUUACUUAAAAAAAAAGAAGAAAGAAAAGGACAGAAAGAGAAAACCUUUGAAAUAAAUACUCAAUCACUAGUAUUUAUUUAGUGCCUUCUAUUCCAGGUAUUUGUACUAAGUGUUUCACAGUGAUGAACUCAUUUGAUAAUAUGAUAGUAAUAAUCUCACAGCAGUACUGGGAGGUAGGCACUACUAGUAUCUCCAUUUGAUAGAUGAGAAAACUGAGGCAAACAGGUUAAAUGACUUGCUUAGGGUCACAUAGCUAGUAAGUAUCUGAGGCCAGAUCUGAACUCAGGACUUCUUGACUGUAAGCCCAACAUUCUGACCACUGCCUCACCUAGCUGCCCCAAAAGACAGACAGACAGAAGGUGCUAACUUAUUCACAAAAGGCAGAUGAGAUGCCUUUUUCCUGCUCUACCAUUCUUUUUUGCUAUGAUAUAUCAGGAUCAGGGUCAUUAGAUCCUAGGUUGUCUGUGCUUCCUUGCCUUGUUUAAUUCUUAUACGUGCAAAAAUAUGAAUAUUUUUAUUUCUGUAUUUGUUGCUUAUUAAUUUCCAGAUGUGCCCUUCCCCAGUGCCUCUCCAGAGAGCCAUGCCUUGUAACAAAAGAAACAGAAAAAAACAACAUAAAACAAUCCAUUACAUUAAAAUACCACAAUUUAUUCAGCCAUUUCUCCCAUUCGCUGCAUUUGUUUUAUUUCCAGUUAUUCUGUCAUAACAAACAAAGCUUCCAUGAAUAAUUUCAUACAGGCACAGCUUUUUGCCCUCUCAAUAAUGGCCUUAGGGUGUCACCUUAGUAAUGGAAUCCCUAGGUCAAUGGGCAUGAACAACUUUACAGCUCUUUAUGUAAAUUUCCAUCUUGUUUUUUAAAUAAAAAUGCACAGCUGCUCUAGCAAUGCAAUAUUUGGCCUGCUUCUCCAUGUUCCUAUCAACAUUUAAUUUAAUGACUUUAGCCUGUCUGGUUCUCAGUUAACAUAUAUUGCCAUACUUUGCUAGAUUGGUCCUUAGGCAGCCAAGACAAUCUGUUUCCAAGAUCCAAAAUAAGUCUUUCCAGCUUGGUCAUACUCAGUGGAACUUUUGUUCAAUUGCCACAACCCCUCAGGGAUUCAGGAUUACCUCCAUAGUAUGAUGAAUGUUGAAAUCAGAAUAUUUUUGUUCUCUAAGCCACUGUUGUCCCACCAGAAACUAUGCUUGGAUUAUGUAUAUGCUCAGGCUUAGAUCUGCUACUAAUCUCAUGCAGAUGUGUGUGGAGAUCUUUCCUUAAAUAUUUUGUAGAGGAACUCUCUCAACACAAAGAAAGGUUUUUUUCUUUUUCCUUCCUUCCUUCCUUCCUUCCUUCCUUCCUUCCUUCCUUCCUUCCUUCCUUCCUUCCUUCCUUCCUUCCUUUCUUUCUUUCUUUCUUUCUUUCUUUCUUUCUUUCUUUCUUUCUUUCUUUCUUUCUUUCUUUCUUUCUUUCUUUCUUUCUUUCUUUCUUUCUUUCUUUCUUUCUUU